AUACAAAGGACUGUUCGCCCUUUGUGCCCCAUAAUAGCACCGCCUCUGAAUUCAACUCUUAUAACCUCAAGUGGGCAAUGAGUUUGCAUAAAACUACUUCUCUAAUAGGAGGUAACUUGCCUAAAAACAGCGACAGUCAGGUUAUUAGCAUAAUUUUAAACUCUUGAAGAGGCUGUAGCCAUAAUCGUUCGUUUUCAAGAAUCUCCCGACCGCCUUUAAAAGACAAAACCAUGGAACUUAUCAAGAAGCGUCUUCAGGAGAAUGGCAUCACUUCAGUGCGUUUUGAGCAAUCCGAUAUGUACGGGAUCCCACACUGCAGAGCCAUUCCAACUAGGCAUUUUGAGAAGAUGGCGACGAAAGGAAUUAACAUCUCUAUGGGUUACAUGGCUUAUGAUCCAAGGGGGCGUGUCGCCCCGAAUAGUGGAUAUGGCGAGGAAAUUCACUACGCUGAUUGUCUGGCCUUUCCAGAUCUGGAUACCUUUCAGAUAUUGCCUUGGUGUACGAAGACAGCAAGGGUCUUGAUCGAAGGUGUCCAUGAAGGCGAGAAGGUACCUGUCUAUCCAAGGGUUGUAGCCAGGAAGCAGUUAGAAAGGUUGGAGAAACACGGGCUGUCGCUUUGGUCGGCUCACGAACACGAGUUCUUUGUAGUCAAAGAAGGCACCAUGGAACCCUUACACGGAUAUACAAAUUCCACAGCGGUUAUUCCUAUGGCAGCUUACGAACCAUUCUUCCAGCAGAUACUCAAUGACCUGCCUCCGGCUGGUGUCGAUAUUGAGUGCUACGGGGUUGAAGCUGAUGUGGGACAGCUGGAAAUCACCUACCGCCCUGAGUUCGGGAUCAAGGCGGCAGAUACUGCUCACACCUACAAGCUUGGUAUCAAAGAGAUUGCUCAGAAGCAAGGAUUGGUGGCAUCAUUUAUGACAAAGCCUUUUCCUGGAAGAUAUAGCUGUUCGGCUCACUACUGUCAUUCCCUUUGGGACGUAGCUGGGAAGGUGCCAAUGCUCUACGAUGCUGGAAGCCCGACUGGUUUAUCAGAGAUUGGCCAACACUGGGUGGCAGGACUCAUGGCUCACGCCAGAGCAAUAGCUGUGUUGAUGGCACCAACGACCAAUUGCCUCAAGAGAUUCAAACGCUAUUCCUUCGCACCCUGGAACGCCACAUGGGGUCCGGAUAACAGAACCUGCGCCUUUCGCGUUAAAACGAAUGGUGGAAGUGGCACAUACAUCGAAAACCGGAUGGGAGCAAGUGGUUGUAGUCCUUACAUUAGCAUGGCUGCAACUAUUGCAGCUGGAUUAGAUGGAGUCAUCAAUAAACUUCCACUUCUAGAAGGCAUUGACGGACCAGGGGAUGCAUACGAGGAUGAAUAUAUUCCACCCGGGACACAGAAGCUCCCAGACAACAUGGAAGAAGCAAUUGAAGCCUUGCUGAUCGAUGCUGCGAUUACAGAUGCCCUCGGACCAGAAUUCAUCAAGUGUUUUGUUGCUUCUAAAAGGCACGAUAUGAAACUUGAAAAGGAGGCAAUUUCAAAAGGAACUGUUGAGGAAUGGGAAAGGGAUUAUUUCUUUCACAUCAUGUAAGAGAAAAAUAGAUUGGUACGCCUGUCAUGCCUGUUGAUUCAAGCUAUAAUAGUCUGUGACACCAUACUCUACCCCUCGGAGCCAAUAAAAUUUGACCAUUGAUUUGUGUUAGGACCCGAAAAGUGUUCUUAAGUCGGGAUCGAGAUGCCCGAGGGCACCCUUUGAAAUGUACCCUGGUUGGAAUAAAUUUACUAUCAACUAAUCCAUUGAAAGAGGUAAUAUAAGACGUCCAAGUAUUACCCCCCCCCCCAAAAAAAAAAAAAUGGGGGGGGGGAAUGGGCUAGGUGGUCCGAAUGGGGCAGACGACGCCCCUCCAAAACGCCACUCCGGUAGGAUUCAACUGAAAAAACAUUAUGGCAUCAACGUUUUGUCAUAUCGUGGCCCCUACUGCCCUAUCAAAAACUUUCUGGUGCCGCCCUGUCUAAAAUAGACCCCGUCCCAAUACAGACCUGCGGUAAGCUCCCUCCGAAAGGCGACAUGAUAGAUAAUAUAUCUGAAUGUUUAUCUUCUAUAGCCUUUGUUCUGCCCAAAUCCAGUGUACCUAUAGGAAUUUUCAUUAGUUAAGUCGAACCCUAAUUUAUAUCUUCAUUUAAAGUAUGAUAUUGGAAAAAAAUAAUGGAAAUUAAUGAAUGCAUUUAAUAUUUUCAUUUUUUUUGGGGGGGGGGGGUGGGUGGGGAACGCUCGAGUGAGUUGCAAAAAGAUUUUACAAAAAAAACGUAAAUUUAGCGUGACGACCACUUAAAUUUUUUCUUAAUGAAAGCAAAUAUGUUACUGUCUGUAGUGAAAAAAUGUUUUGUGGUAAAAUGUAAUUAUGUUUGUGGUGUGAAUCCGGUCGCAGCAGCCAGCAGAGCAAUAAAUUGUUUUUUUUUCUUCAAUUUCUUAAAUGGUACCAACGGUACUUCAUGGAGUUGUCAGUAUAUUGAAUGUAGUCAUUGAUUAAGCAUGCAGUAGCUUGCGCGAGCUUGCGUACGCAGGAUUUAAAAAAAAAGGGGGGGGGGUGGGUUCGAGUUAAAUGAAAAUUUGACAAGCAUUAAAAACAAGUUUCA